GCCCCCCGAGGUGAAGGCCGCUGCCCUCUAGAAUCCAAGGGGGCAUCUUGGGGAAGGGUCAGCGGCUGGGGUCAGGACUUCUGGGUCUUGCACCUGUCCUGCUCCGCUCCCUAGCUGCCCUCCUUAGCUCCUCUCUGGACAAGCCCUAGGAUCCUAGGUGGCUCUUCCUGAGUCCUCCCCGUCCUCCCUCAAAUUCUGGGCCAGACUAAGCCGACUUGCUCUGCCCCGACUUGGCGGGCCCAGGCUUGCCUCUGGCAGUGUGGGGGAGACAGACAGCAAGUCCUUGGAGCAGGAGGCAGGGAGACGCCAGGAGACGCAUGGUGAGUGGGGCGGAGAAGUGCUGGAGGGGCCCGGGCUAGCCUCUGGGAAGGCCCACAGGCCGUGUCCCAGGCUGCCCCUCUGUGCCGGUCCUCCCAGAUGCCAUCUCCCACUUUGAUCCAGUUUCCCUCCUGCUACCUUUUGGGUGCCCUGCUGGUCAAGGGGACUUUUCCAUACCCUUCAGUCCUGGCUGAGAGGACCAGCUCAGCAUGGGGAAACCAGGGCUGGCCUGCUGGAAUUUCCAGGAAAGACCCUAUUCUUCUCCUCUUGCUGGAACUUGGGACCCUGGCAGGAGAACUUUAGGGCAGAGGAGAGUCCCUCCCUGUCUCCAAGCUCAGAAUCAGAGAAAUGGACGUCUGCUCUAGAACGUGGCCCUUUCUUCCCAGGGGCUCUCCUGUCUGCUUCCCCCACUGGACACCACUCACGUGUCCAUCCAGACAGGCGUGAGCUCCCUCAUGAUCCACGUGUGCACGCGUGAACACACUGUUGGUCUGCACACACAGGGCACCCCCAGCCCUGGCCUCCAGCCCCUGCUGUCUCCAUGGCAGGCUCAGCUGCACCUAGGCCUUCCCCCUUUCCUGGCGACCUUCCCCAGGGCGUGGGAAGGACAGUGGGCGACUUGUCCUCUCCUGCCUGGUGAUUAUCUUCCUUCGGCGUGGGGGAUGCCCAAGGCCUGACUUUGGGCUGUGGGAGAGCAGAGGAGGGGCCGGAAGAGCUGCCUGGGACAGCUGCAGGGAGAGACAAGGCCAAUUCGGAUUUGGGAGCCGGGACACCAGGACCUUCCACUGGCCCUCCUCUGUCUCUUGGCUGGUUCUCUCCAGAAUGAACGGAUUCUGAAUUAGGAUGCUUCCACCCCACCACCUCUCCCCUUUGCGGCUGCUGAUUGAGACUCUGCUAAAAGAACAGAGUAAGGUGUCCCCAGACAUCCCUGGGAUGAGGCCCCCAGUCCUGUUCGUCCUGCUCCUCUGGCUCCCAGGCUUCCUGGCUGAGGAAGACCCAUGCCUUGUCCUGGAAGGGAUCCUGGACGGGGAGGGUGGAGGCCCGCCCCUGAGCGUGAACGCCAGCAGCCAGGGCAGCCCUACCAGCCUCUUUCUGAGCUGGGCACCUAUCCAGCCAGGUGGGCUCGGGCAUGCUCUCCGCCUCACGAGCCUGAGUCCCCUCGGCUCUCCCGAUGGGCAACAGCUCCAAGCCCACACCAAUGGAUCCAGCUUUGAGUUCCAGGACCUGGUGCCAGGGAGUCUCUACCUGCUGGAAGUGACUGCCCUGAGACCCUGUGGACAGAAUGCCACCCUCACCCUCACAGCCCGCACUGCCCCGUCCGUUGUCCCUGGACUGCAGCUGCACGGCUCUGGGAGCCCAGCCCACCUGGAGGCCUCGUGGGGAGAUGCCCCUGGGGGGCAGGAUGGUUAUCAACUUCUCCUCUACCACCUGGAAUCCCAUACAUUGGCACAUAAUGUCUCUGUGUCCCCGGAAACCUUGUCCUACAAUUUUGGCAACCUCUUGCCAGGUAGCGAGUAUGUUUUGGAGGUUACCACCUGGGCUGGCAAUCUCCAAGCCAAGACCAGCAUCCACCAGUGGACAGACCCCGUGCCUCCAAGUCACCUGGUGCUGCAUGCCCUGGACGCGUCUGCCCUGCAAGCCUCCUGGAACAGCUCUGAGGGGGCUGCCUGGCUCCACCUAGUGCUCACGGACCUCCUAGGCGGCUCCAAUGUGACUGCAGUGGUCACACGUGGCAUCUCCAAUCACACCUUCCUCCACCUGUCUCCGGGCACGGCCUAUGAACUGACGCUCAGUGCUGCUGCAGGGCCCCAUCGGGCUGUGGGGCCCAGUGCCACUGAGUGGACCUAUCCCUCUGCCCCACUGGACCUGGUACUGACUCCCGUGCCCCCGCAGCUCAGGGCAAGCUGGAAGGCAGGGCCGGGUGCCUGGAACGGCUAUGUGCUGAAGUUAAGUGGGCCAGUGGAGAAGAAUACCUCUCUGGGCCCUGAGGCCUGCAAUGCCACAUUCCCGGGGCCCCUGCCCUCAGGACACUACGCUCUGGAGCUGAAGGUUCUGGCGGGGCCCUACGAUGCCUGGGCCCAGGCCAGUGCCUGGCUGGAUGAUUCUACAGACCAGCCAAGGAAGGGCCAUGGGGCCAAGUUGCAGCUGGAUGGGCUGGAAGCCACCAGGGAGCCUGGGCGGCGGGCUCUGCUCUAUGCUAAUGGUGCCCCAGGCCUCCUAGGAAACGUCUCUGUGCCCUCUGGUGCCACCCACAUCACCUUCUGUGGGCUGGUGCCUGGGGCCCAGUACCGCGUGGACAUUGCCUCGCCCCUGGGAGUCAUCACCCAGAGCCUCAUGGGCCGCACAAGUCCCCUGGCACCACAGUCACUGGAGGUCAUCAGCAAGAACAGCUCAUCUGACCUGACCAUUGGCUGGGCCUUGGCACCAGGGCAGCGAGAUGGCUACAAGGUCACCUGGCACCAGGAGGGCAGCCAGAGGUCACUGGGAAACCUUGCUUUGGGCCCAGAGAAUUCCAGGACAACUCUGAAGGGUCUGGUACCUGGCUUCUGCUACACAGUGUCAGUAUGGGCUUGGGCAGGGAACAUCAGCUCCAGUGUCCAGAGGAUCUGCACCUGCACCUUCCCUGCUCCUCCUGCCAACUUGAGCCUGAGCUUUACUGCCCAGCCUCCGACUUUGAGGGCUUCCUGGAGUCCCCCACCCGGUGGCAGGGAUGGUUUCAGGCUGCGGCUUUAUAGCCUGAGGCCCCUAGCUCUGAAAAGUGAGGAGACCCUGGCCCCAGAGGCCCAGAACUUCUCCUGGGCCCAGCCGUCUCCAGGAUCCAAGUUCCUGGUGCAGCUGGCAACCCUGCGUGGCCCCGAGGAGAGUAGCAGUGCCAACGCCACAGCGUGGACCCCUCCCCUGGCCCCUCUUCUGGUCAAUGUGACCAGUGACAGCCCCACCCAGCUCCAGGCAUCCUGGGUCCAUGCUUCUGGAAGCUGGGACAGUUACCAAGUGACCGUGUACCAAGGAGGUGCCCGUGCAGCCACUGGCACGGUGGGAGCUGAGGUGAACAGCACCAGCCUCUCGUCUCUGACUCCAGGCACCAAGUACGAGGUGGAGAUCGCCUCCUGGGCUGGGCCUCUUCGUACUGCAGCCGCCAAUGUCUCUGGCUGGACCUCCCCACUCAUGCCCAGUGAGUUGCUGGUGUCUAUGCAGGCGGGCAGUGCUGUGGUCAACCUGGCCUGGGCCAGCAGCCCCUUCGGGCACGGAAGCUGCCACGCCCAACUCUCAGAAGCUGGGUACCUGUCCUGGAAGCAGCCCCUGGUGCUAGGCCAAGCCCGCCUCGUGCUGAAAGGUCUCACUCCAGGACGCAACCUCUCCCUGUCUGUGCUGUGCCAAGCAGGACCUGUCCAGGCCUCCACUCACCCAGUGGUACUGCCAGUUGAGCCUGGCCCUGUGGAGGAUGUGAGGUGCCAGCCUGAGGCCACCCACCUGGUCCUGAACUGGACAAUGCCUGCUGGGGAUGUGGACGCCUGUCUGGUGGCGGCAGAGCAGCUGACGGCGGGAGGGAACACUCGCCUUGUGUUCCAGGCCAACACCUCCGAGGACGCCCUUCUGCUUCCCAGCCUGGAACCCGCCACCUCCUAUCGCCUCAGCCUCACCACACUGGGCAGGAACGGGCUGUGGAGUCGGGCUGUCACCCUGGUGUGCGCUACUUCUGCCAAGGUCUGGCAUCCCCCAGAGUUGGCGGUGGCCCCGCAGCUGGAGCCUGAGACAGGAAUGGGGGUGAAGAUCACACCAGGCAUGUUUGGCAGGGAUGAUGGGCAGAUUCAAUGGUAUGGCAUCAUUGCCACCACCAAUAUGUCACUGGCCCACCCUCCCCGGGAAGCCAUCAACCACACGUGGUAUGACCACUACUACGGAGGAUACGACUCCUACCUGGCCAUCCUGCUCCCUAACCCCUUCUACCCAGGGCCCUGGGCUGUGCCAAGAUCCUGGACAGUGCCCAUGGGUACAGAGGACUGUGGCCACACCCAGGAGAUAUGUAACGGGCAGCUCAAACCAGGUUCCCAGUACAGGUUCAGUGUGGCUGCCUUUACCAGGUACAGCCCUCGGGACGCCACUAUCUCCUUCUCAGCCUUCUCAGAGCCCCGGGCCAGCGUCUCCCCCAUGAAAGUGCCCCUGCUCGUCAUGGUGGGCACCGUGGCAGGCUGCAUUCUCACUAUCUGUGCGGUGCUGGGCCUGCUGUGCCGGAGGCGGGCAAAGGGGCAGAGGGCAGAGAAGGAUGCAUUUUCCCAUGAGCUGAUGCCCUACAGCCUACGGCGGACCCACCGACCCAUCCCUAUCCACAGCUUCCGCCAGAGCUAUGAGGCCAAGAGUGCUCACUCGCACCAGGCUUUCUUUCAGGAGUUUGAGGAGCUGAAGGAGGUGGGCAGGGAGCAGCCCAGAUUGGAGGCUGAACACCCUGCCAACACCACCAAGAACCGUUACCCGCACGUGCUCCCCUAUGACCACUCCAGAGUCAGGCUGACCCCGCUGGAGGGAGAGCCCCAUUCCGACUACAUCAAUGCCAACUUCAUCCCAGGCUACACACACCCACAAGAGUUCAUCGCCACCCAGGGACCACUCAAGAAAACGCUGGAGGACUUCUGGCGACUGGUGUGGGAACAGCAGGUCCACAUCAUCGUCAUGCUGACCGUGGGCAUGGAGAACGGGAGGGUGCUGUGUGAGCACUACUGGCCAGCCGACUCCAGCCCUGUCACCCAUGGUCACGUUACCAUCCACCUCCUGGCAGAGGAGUCUGAGCACGAGUGGACCAAGAGGGAAUUCCAGCUGCAGCACGACACCCAGCAAAAACUACGGAGGGUCAAGCAAAUGCAGUUCACCACCUGGCCUGACCACAGCGUCCCCGAGGCCCCCGGCUCCCUGCUUACCUUUGUGGAACUGGUUCGGGAGCAGGCAAGGGUCGCCCAGGGCACCGGGCCCAUCCUGGUACACUGCAGUGCGGGUGUGGGCAGGACGGGCACCUUCGUGGCGCUUUCGAGGCUGCUGCAGCAGCUGGAGGAGGAGCAGAUGGUGGACGUGUUCAAUGCUGUGUACGCGCUCCGGCUGCACCGGCCCCUCAUGAUCCAGACCCCGAGCCAGUACGUCUUCCUGCACAGUUGCAUCAUGGACAGGAUUCUGGAAGGACCCUCCGAUGCCUCUGAGUUCAAGCCCAUCUCCGUGAGGAACUUUGCACAGGCAUGUGCCAGGAGGGCGGCCAAUGGCAACGCUGGCUUCUUGAAAGAGUACCAGCUCCUACUGCAGGCCAUUAAGGAGGAGGCCAGCUCUUCAACCUCCCCUCCUGGCUACCAGCAGGACAGCACCAUCUCCUAUGAUCGUUCCCAGGUGCAGUUUUCUCUGGUGGAGGAGAGCCCUGCCGAUGACCUGCCCGAAGCCUGGCUCUUCCCUGGUGGGCCGUCUAGCUGUGACCAUGUGGUGCUGACUGGUCCUGCCGGCCCUGAGGAACUCUGGGAGCUGGUGUGGGAGCAUGGGGCCCUUGUGCUGGUCUCCCUGUGCCCAUCUGACACCCAGGAGAAGUCACAGGAGUUCUGGCCAACGGAGAUGCAGCCCGUCGUUACAGACAUGGUGACAGUGCACUGGGUGGCUGAGAGCAACACAGCUGGCUGGCCCUGUACCCUCUUCAGGGUUACACAUGGGCAGAGCAGGAAGGAGAGGCAGGUGCAGCAGCUGCAGCUGCCGUGCUGGGAGCCUGGUCACGAGCUGCCCACUACCACCCUGCUGCCUUUCCUGGCUGCUGUGGGUCAGUGCUGCUCCCGGGGCAAAAGCAAGAAGCCGAGCACACUGCUCAGUCACUCCAGCAAGGGCAUGACCCAGCUGGGCAUCUUCCUGGCCAUGGAGCAGUUGUUGCAGCAGGCAGAGACUGAAAGCACUGUGGAUGUCUUUAACGUGGCCCUGCAGCAGUCACAGGCCUGUGGGCUCAUGACCCCAACGCUGGAGCAGUAUAUCUACCUCUACAACUGUCUGAACAGCGCACUGAUGAAUGGGCUGCCCUGAGUCCAGAGUGGCCUGUACCCUGCCAGCCAGGAAGGACCAGUCCCAGCAAGGUUACCUGGGCCUGGUUUCCUUGGGAGGGUAGCCUUCACUAGGGCUACCCUUUGUAGCCCUAGUGGCCAACGGAGAUGCAGCCCGUCGUUACAGCAACAGAGUUGUUGAAUAAAGGCAUGUA